GUAGUCAUUGAACAGAAGUUUGAGCGAUCUUUAAUUUAUGGCGCACUCACACCAUACAAACUUAUUGUGCAAUAUUAUCGAUCAUGUGUAGCGAGCCUAAAACGAAUCCGAUCGUGUUCGUCCCCACCAUACCAUCGUAUAACCUCGUUCGGUGUUUAUGACCAUGUGCAUUGACUCGGUGUAUUGGUAGAGUCACUGACAGACUUUGACGAGGCCAACAUGAGAGGACAGAUCACUUUUCUGUCUUUAUAUGGUGACAGUCCAAUAUCUUGAGUGUAUUUGUGGAAAAACCAAUUGAAAUAACCAAACAAUGGUUCGUGUGAUAAAGCAAGAGACUUAUGAUGAUGUUGUGCGCGAAAAUAUCGAGGAUUUCGCGAUGUCAGCUGAGGAAGUGAUCGAGGAUGCAAUCAAACAAUUCGAAGUACAAGUAUUGUUGAACUUCCACUUAUUGAAACACAAGAAUUUUCCAUUACUUCGUAAAAAGUCAGGAAUUUUCAAACAAAAAGAUCUCAUGCUGUCAUUUUUUUUCUAUCAUGGGCGUAGAUGUGACCAAUAUCAUAAAAGACCUGGCUCUGACCGAUGUCGAAAACGUUACUGUAAUAUGUUUGGAAAUCAAAACAGCUUUGGAAAAUGAUAACUACGAGGACCUCAUUCAAGUGCUCGAAAGGCUUCAAACUGAGCUUGACAAAGAUAUUGCCCGUCGAGUCUACGCAGGCAAAGAAGGAGCGUAUCAAACUCCUAUUCAACUUUUGAAGAAAAGCCUCGACGAUACAGCUCUCCUGGAAGUUACUCUCAAAACUCUCACUUCCUUCAUGACUGGCAAUCCUGAUCUUCUUGACAGUGAUGGCAUUGAAUUGCAAAUGAAGGUGGCAGUACACAUGGCGGAAUUAUUGUGUUGUUAUGGUGAGAUCGAUUAUCGAGUUCGACCUCUCAUAUUCACAAUACGACAUUGGGCUCAACACGUUGGAAUCACGAAUCCCGCACUCGGUCGUUGGAUCACAAAUAUUUCUAUUACUUUCCUCGUACUGUUUUAUCUCCAACUAAAACGUAUUCUACCCUUUUCUAAUGAAUUUGAGCGUCCUCCAAGUUAGUCCAUUCAUUUCAACGUAAGGCACGACGAGUAUGGGUGAUGAUUUGAACCCAGAUGAAUGAUCAAGUAUCGAUGAUGACGUUGAAACGAAUCCUUCCCUUUUUUCUCUGCCACUUACUUAAUUCACAGCUCUUUUACUGUGGGAGAAAAAAUGUGGCAAGAAUAACCAAUUUCUACGAGUGUUACAAGCGCUAAAAAAUGAGAAUUUAAU